GUCACCGCCUCAGUCAGUCAGUCCCACAGCAAGACGUGACCAAGCCAUUCACGGCAGUCGAGUGCUGUAAAGGUUAUGUAUACGCUGACUGUUCUAAACUCUUCUUACCUGCAAAACAUAAAAGGACGGCUUUGUUUGAUUGCACGGACGCAUGCGUCUGCUGGCGAGAAACAGGAUACGCUGGUCUACAUAUAAAGAUCCGCAACGUGCAUAAUGAAAAUGUCCGAGCAACAUCGAUCUCGGUAACCAACUUCGGAAGACUUCUGUCAUCAUUUCUACGAGAACGAUCUCUUGGCGAGCGAAGAAACCACAAAGCAGUGACCAGCGUCCUCUCAGCUUGUCCUCGUCAUGUCGCAGUUUGGAUACUCACACCUACAGGAGGAGUGGGAGGGGCAUGACUCUGCCCCGAUCCAAACAUCAGAUUCUUGGGUCGCAUCAUUUGAUGACCCCCGUCUCCACGCAACAGCCCUCACCGACAGUUCCAUCGUAAAUCAAACGCCUGAGGCGCAGUCACAGAACGACACAUCUAGUCCUAGAAGUACAAAAUCCUCAAAAGAUACUCAUGCUGUAGACAACGUCAAGUACACGCCUCUCUCGAGAACCGGAGUUCACGAGCUGAGACCGUUUGACGAGGAGUCGGUAGAGGGCUUAGACAAAGACAGAGUGGUCUUCGAUUCCUUCAUCAGCAUCAACGGAGGACAGAACUCAAAGCCAGUGGUCAGGCGCUUCCAUGUGCUUAUCUGUGGCCUGCUCAGCGCAUGUGCGGCGUUGGUUGUUUUUGCAUUAAUUUAUGUGUUUGUCAUACUGCCCGCCCAUAAUGGGAAGAUAGUAUAUCCUGACGGACAGAUGCACACAGCGGACCUGGCAAAAUUAAGGAAACUUGGAGAAAACGUUGUGGUGACGUCAUGCGGUCUUGUGCGCGGACAAAUGGAAGGAGGGGCGCACUCUUUCAAAGGUAUACCUUACGCCGAGCCUCCUGUAGGCCGAGGUCGUUGGCGGCCUCCUGUGCCCCUGAGCUAUCAUUCUCGGACGUGCUGGAGCGGAAUUUUCAACGCCACUUCGUUCGGAAGUAAAUGCGUGCAGCCUAAAUUCAAGGACGUGUCUGAAGUGGAAGGCGACGAAGAUUGUCUGUUCCUAAAUAUCUGGACGCCUACGCUGAACCCAGAGUUUCAUCUUCCUGUUAUAGUGUGGUUCCACUCAGGAGAUUUCGUGUAUGGAUCGGGAAAUAUGCCCGGGAUGUCGCCCGGUCCUCGGGUUGCCUUGGAUACGAACGCUGUUUACGUUAGUUUCAACUACCGUUUAGGGUCUCUUGGUUUUCUAGCUUUGGAUGAGCUGAGGGAUGAGAGAGAGAAAACUACUGGAAACUAUGGGAUUAUGGAUCAGCUUCUGGCACUGCGCUGGGUGAAGGAGAACAUCGGGCAUUUCGGCGGGAACGAAAACCAGAUCACAGUAUUUGGUCAUGGCUCGGGAGCUACCUCAAUCCAAGCGCUGCUGGCCUCCCCUUUUUCCACAGGGCUCUUCCACAGAGCCUGGCUUUCCAGUCCAGAACCGGUGCUGAAUAAAACUUUGAGUGAAGCAUGCCGAGACAACGCAGAAUUCCAAAAGAAAUCCGGCUGUUCAGGCGCACAGUGUAUGCGGCAAUUGACUGCCAAGGACGUCUCAAGAUCAUCUCCAUGGCAACUGGAGGCGCACUGGACACUUGACCAGCUGAUCCAGCCUCAUAGCAGUCAGCUGAGGAAUGGCAUCGUCAUAUUUGAUGGCCAUAUUGUCCACUGGAAUAAGGCUCACGAAGGUCCGUUUGGCACGGACGUUCCUGUUGUGUUCGGGACGUCUUACUUUGACCUGAGCAGCAUGCAGGACCAGCAGAGCUUGAUCAACCUCACCUGGGAAGGUUUCAAUGACAUCAUCGCACAUCAUAUGAGCGGUGUCCUUGGCACGGAGGCGACGGUGCAAGCCUUGAAACUCUACGCUCACAUUCCUUCUGUUCAGUACACAAGCCCCGCUCAAUUUCCGGGCGUGCCGUCUGCUGAGCUUGCCCGGAUGAUUGGUGACCUCAAGAAUGUCUGUCCUAUCAAAAUCCUCGCUGACGCUUAUUCAUAUGUACACUCAUCCCCUGCUUAUGUAUACGUCGCCGAGUUGUAUCCUUCCCACAAUAUGAAACUUUCGUCCUCUAUAUCUACUACGUUCGUAGGCUGGGAUGUCAUGGCGUUCUUCAAUGGGUUUGAUGAACUCGGUUUCCAGGCCGGACAAGGGGACAUAAACUUCCAGAAUGUCUUACGGGAAGAGGUGAUGAGUUUCGCCCGCUCGGGAAAACCUGAUGCAUCGAGAUGGCGGGUGGUGUCUGAAACCACUGGCGUGAUUGGCAGGGGUGUGACCGUCACCCCGGUGCAGUCAGAGUAUUACAGUAAAUGUGAAUUUUGGAAGCAGUAUGGGUUUUUUAAGUACACUUGGUUGUAGAGCGAUGACUGUUUUUGUGUGGCAUAAGCAUGCUUGUAUCAGUGCAAUGUGGCAUUUCUACUUGAUUUUGCUCCCACUGAUGUGGAUAGGGUGAUUUUUAAGGAGUUCGAUGGCUUUGGUGUGUUCAUGCGAAAGUGUGUCUUUCAUGUAUGUGUGUGUUUGCUUGUGUGUCAAUAAAUGAAUGUACAAU